UGUGAGUAUUUGCGGUUCUGAAAAGAACAAGUGGUACUCCACGUUUCGAGCAGUAUGCUCUGCUCGUCAGCAGGAGAAGUUAGGUAAUGCACGUGGCAUCGGCGUCGCGCACCGCAGAUCUUGGAGAACUUGGCGAAGAGUCAUGCUAUAGACGAGCUUCUCGAUACUAGUUCACUGAGUCUUCAGGAGUCCUGCAGGGACAUGAUGCACGGUGGCCAUGUGGGUUCUCUGUCUUUUUGUGUCCUAAUCCUGUUUGUUUCUUUAGGAUAAGACUUUGCCGCCUUGAGGACAUCACAUUGGAUAACAUCAUGUGAUGGAGGAUCUUUAGUAAUUACUGAUGUUUGAUGGAUAUCUCUCCGGGUCCUCAGAGAGUAGUGCGAAUUGAUCCCAUCCACUGAAAAUCAGGCACUUGAGUGAAAAAUGGGUGGACUCAUUGGGAGAGCCAUUCUAGGACUACAGCAGAUCAUGACACCUCUUGAACAGCAGACACAAGAACAGGCUGUUGGGAGACCAGAGCAGCAGGAUCAGACAACAGGUGGGGAACAAAUACUGGGUGUGAGGAGACCAGACAACCAGGACCAGACAACAGGGAAAUUGGAUGAUAUGACACUGCACAGCAUAUCUGCUCAGAUUCAUGCAGGUGAAUGGAGGAAACUGGCUACAAGGCUUGGCUUCAGCCCAGCAGAAAUCUCCCACUUUGAAGCCAACCAUUCUACAGAUGUAGUUGGUCAAAUCCUUGACAUGCUGGUCUCGUGGAGAAACAAACAAGCUGAUAAUGUCGAUCAGAGAGAGGCCCUCAGCAAGGCAUUGAGGGAGGUUAGGAACACUCAUCUUGCUGAUGAGCUCAGUGAGCACUGUUCAUCCGAUGUGCCAUCUCAAGAUGCUGUAAAGCAUUGUGCAAAGGAGAUGAAGUGGUUCUACAGUAAAAGAGGUGGCUUUGUGAAAAUGAAGCCUUGGCUUCGGGACAAAAAGCACAUCGCAGUUAUGUACACAAAGUUGAAGUUAUUAACUGGUGAGGAGUUCACCGAGCGUGAACUGGAAUCAUAUGAGGACAUUUUACUCCUACAAACAAGAGAGGGUGACCCUAUCCCUAUAGCUGUAUUAAGUGGGUUGGCUGGCUCAGGAAAGACCACUCUUUUUGACAAGAUUGCAUAUGAUUGGGCAGUUGGCUCUGGUCAGGUACUACAGAAGUAUAAACUGGUCUUCCUCUUGAAAAUGUUUGCACUGGAGCAGGGGUCAGAUCUCACUGACGCAGUUUUUGACCAACUCUUAGCGGAAGACACAAAGAUGGAGCAAAAUGCUCUGUGGUCGUACAUCAAGACAAACCCUCACCAAGUCCUGCUGCUGUUGGAUGGCUUUGAUGAAUUGAUGACCACCUCCCUUGAUAAAUCCUCAUUUGGCUCCAUACUGAAAAUCCUGAAUGGGAAGCUGUGUAGAGGUUGCACUGUACUUGUUAGCACCCGCCCCUCACACUUUCACAGAUUGGUAACAGAGGAACUGGUUGAAGAACCCUUUGCACAUGUCAGGGUGAUGGGAUUCAGUGGGGAGAAUAUCAGGGAGUAUGUGAAGAAAUUUUACUCUGAUAAGCCUGACAAGGCUGAGGGGCUGAUAGAAAGGAUCAAGACCUCCAACCUUCUGUCUACUUUGGCAGCUAGUCCAAUGCUGCUUCUCUUGAUGUGUUUACUGUGGAGUGACGAUUCCACUCUGCCAGAAACAAAUGUCGCGCCUGUACCUCAAAGCAUUUGAAUACAUUGGCAGAAGAAAAGAUGUAUCAGAAGAUGAAAUAUCCAGAGCGGUAAUUUCAUUCGGCAAGGUCGGUUUGCGUGGUCUUCUUUCUCCACAUCAAACAUUAUCCUUUAAAGAAAGU